CACUGCGAAGCCUGUGUCUGUUCUGUCAGAAUCUGGUGCACUGCUCUGCAUCCCUGGAACCUACUUUCAUUGAAGAAUUUUAUGGCUACAGGACUAUUCUGAGUUUUUAAAGAUGGAGCAAAGAGUAGACAUUGCCAAGAAAGAGCAGCAUUUUAAGAUACUCAGUGCUACAAUGCACAGCAACAGUAAGGACUUGUCUUUUGCUGGCUAAGCAGCUUGCGGUUUAAGUCGAGGGCGAUGGGCUGCUCACCUUCUCACAGUGGGAUCAUUCAGAGCAUUGCAAAAAACGCAGCCAAACCAUUAAAGAAAAAUAAAGAGGCCGUUCCUGCUGACCAUGAAAACGAUGGACUUACAAUUCCUUUGUUGGGAGCACAAAGAGCUAUCUAUGAAUUGAGCUCUGGGAUAAUGACUCUGGAAAAUGGGCAAGAGGAUUACAAUUUGUCCCAAAAAGGAGCUGAGAGCAGUUUAUCUGUAACCAAGGGUGACAGGAAGGAUAGAGCGCAUCAUAUUGCCGAUGAGGCCAUGGUCCAUUUAAGUAAACAAAACGAUCUCCCUGAAAGAGGAAGCAUAAAAAAGCAGAGCUCAACAGGAUCAGAACCAGAACUGGGCAAUGGGGAGAACAACCCAAGAAGAAGUAAGAAGUCCAAGAGACAGAGGUCUUUGAAGUGUCGCAGCACAAAAAUAAAGGAUAAAGAUCCUGUUUUCCCUGAGGCAGAGAAGAAGGUGGAUUUCCCAGAGUUUCUUGUCAAAGCCCAUCACCAUGCCUAUGGCUACCUGAAUCCCAAUCUAUCCAAGUAUGAAGCCAUCAUCUGCAUGGCAAACCAAGCCACAGAAACCCAACUGAUCAUGCAGCAGAUGAUCACAUUCAUGGCUCUAAGGUUUGAUGAGAUCAACACGUGCAUGGGAGAAAUUGCAGAAGAUGGGGAGAAAAUGCUAAAAGAGGUAGGGGGAAACCUAGUCUGGCCUGCUGUUAAAGGAGAUUCUUCAGAACAUCCUGACUUGUUGCAGCAGUUGCUACUAUACACAGUUAAUAAAAUGCAGGAAUUAAAUAGCACAAUCUCAUCUCUGACCUCAAAUGCCUUGAAGGAAACUUGUAGUUACCUGCAGUCAGCCACCGCCAACUUGCAAGAAAAGCUGGAACUGAAACUGCAGUAUGAUGAACGGCUAAUGAGGACAAUCAGACUGUUGGAAAGUUCAGCAGUUGAGUGCCCUCAAUCAAAUUCACACGACAUGGCUCUUUAUUCUGAAGAUAGUGGCAUUGGGGGUGAUACUGAAUCCAUUAAGGAACUGAGAUCACCUGACAAACUGGGUAGGCAGGCAAGGUGUGAUUCUCUAGGGCAAGAAAGUUUAACAAAGGGUGAAGAAAAGCUAAUCGACAACUUUGAAAAACCUUCUAAAGACAUAAUGUCUAAGAAAACAUCUGAAGCAAGCAUGAACACAAAAGAAAAUAUAGAUUCCUCACUGUCUGCCAAACGAAACCAGCCAAAAGUUCAUCAACAGUCCAGUCUUGCAGACAGCCUCUCCUCAAAUUCAUUGGAUUCCAGUACCACCCUUGAGCAAGACAGCAUCAAUGACCGAGACUCAGAUGAGUCCAGUGACGGUGAUGACAGUUAUGAUGAUGGUUUAAACAACAAAAGUAUACUGAGUCAGGCGACAUUACCUCAAAGGCCUCUAUCAUCUCCUGCAGGAACUGGAGCCUAUAAAACCCCCUCCAAAUGGCUGGAGAAUCCUCCUAAUGAAGAGAUGUCACUAAAAAUUAAAGAGGCUAUCAGCGAGAAAAUUAAGUUUGUCCCUAAGAAAUCGAGAAGUCAUUUUUGGAACAGAGAAGAGGAUGCUGUGUUGGCCUCAAAGAGGCCUAGUACUGCAGAUGGAAGUAAUCGGAGAACUUCUAAACAGAAAAGAUCUAGAUCUGCUGAGUCACUCAGGAGCCAGGCAGAGGAUCCAACUCUUCUAGAACUUCAGAGGACACAAAAAGAACUGAGCAGAAAGCUAGAACUCAUGUAUACAUCUGAUUGGAUUGCCAAAAAAGAAAGACAACAGAAUGUGAAUGGAAAAUCACUCUUUCCCAACAAUGAAAAUGUAUCAACACCAAAAGUUAAUACUAGCUGCAAACUCAAGGCUUGUCUCGACAAAAGCUUUAGCAUUUUGCCAAGUCAGGAGAGAGUCUCCAUUAAAAGAUGUGAUAACACCAUAACAAAAGACUCCAAAAAUGGCUUGACAUCAACAUCUGUACUACAACCACAUUCAGCAACCAAUGAAAAUGUCCCAUUGAUUGGAAAAAAUCCAGAAGGUAAAGGUCUCUCUCCACGACAGUCUGUUCGGAAGCUUAUUGAAACGUUUAGCCCAACAGAUGAGUCCAUAAACCACACAAGUGUCAAAUCUUUGGGACCACUGAGAUGUGUAAGGAAGUUUGGUGUUCCGGUUCUCCCUCCUACUAUUCCUGUAUUUCAGACAUUACAAGUAUUAGACCAAAGAGUUCCAGUAGAGGAUGGGACAACAAUGACACCAAGCACCUGUCUAUAUACAUCUCAUUCUAUUAUAAAUUUUGAGUCUCCUGCAUAUGAAGACAGAACCAAUGUAAACGAGGAAGGAGCUGAAGAUUUAGAGAACUUUCCACCCCCUCCUCUUGAGAUACUUAUGGAUGAUUCUUUCAGUGUUCUUCAAGUUGAAGAACUCAAAGAACUCAAGACUUUACAGAAUACACUGCCAAGUGCCAAACCAGCAUCCUUCACAGAGAAAAAGGCUUCUGCCUCUCAAAAGAUGAAAACCUCAAUAAACGUGAAGGACCUACUACCAAGUAAGAAUUCCACUGUGUCCUAUAUGUCAACUAGGAAAUUCUCUUUAGAAUCUGGGCUACAACUUGCAGGUGGCAAGGAGAUCAAAAGAGACUGUGAAACACUGAAGAGACAAGAAAUGGAGCAAGCAGCUCAUUUGUACAAACAGUCUUGCAAAAUAAUUCCACUGCAGAAUCCUGGCGAGGUGGUGAAGUCAAGUAAUGAUGGAGAGAUGACACAGGCAUGUGCUGAUGUGCCCUCAACAUUUAAGCAGAAAGAAUAUCCUCCUGCUUCACAAAGGAUGAGUGAAAAUGUUCCAGCAGGAAUCAGAAGAAUUUCACCAACUAGAGCCACGGUUCCUUCUCCACCAACUGAAAAAAGGUUAACCAAUCCACAAGUAAACAGGACUUUGUUUAAAUCUCAGUUUCAUACCCAAACAAGCUCUCCACAUGUGCCUAAAAAUGCAAGCCCUAUAAGCACUCCAAAAAUACCAAUCCCUCCAGUGCAAAGAAAACUGCCAAGUCCACCAUCCCAAAAGAAGUUACCCUGUCCCAGUGUUCAAAGGAAGCUUCCUAGUCCACCACCUCAACAAAAGUCACAUAGUCUUGGUGUUCAACGGAAGCUCCCGAGUCCACCACCCCAUCAAAAGUCACCAAGCCCUGUGGUUCAAAGGAAACUUUCUAAUUCUCCAUCCCACCAAAAGUCAAUAAAUCUACUUAAUCAGAGGAAACUCCCUAGUCCUCCAUGCCAAAGGAAACUAUCAAGCCCACCUCAAGUGCAAAAACAACCAAGUACACCAAAUCAGAGUAGCCUUCCAAGUCCACCAAGCAGUUGUCGAGAGACAAGUCCACCCAUAUACUGUACUCCUUCUCCACCAAUGUCACCAUCAUUUUCAUACAAGGGUGCACGGCGAGGCUCUGAUGAUCUACAGCUUUCCUCAAAAUGGCUUGGUAAUGCCCAGUCAAUAUUUUGCCCAUCAUCUAAUUCCUUAUUUGAAACCAAACCACCCACCCCACCAACUUUUUUUGCUAAAGAAAUUGCCCCUCGCAAUGGGACUACCACUCAUCUGAGGAACAGCUUUUCCAGUCGACCAAAUGAAGACCAACACAGGCGGAUUGCAAUGAGUGCUGCCAACCCUCAACCAUUUGUAAGGAGGACUUACUCUGACCGGAGGCCACGAGUACAACUUCGUCUUCCAGUGUCAAUCUCUGCAUCUGCAGUCAGUGAACCCAAUCUUCAACAAACAGGCUGCGAGGUGCCUGCUCGGAGGGAGAAUGAGCCGUGGACUGGGCAGAGCCUGGCUGAGCUCAGAACCUCUGACCCAGAUCUGUGCAUUGUGGGACAAGGGUUCCAGCCAGAGUGACUACAGCAUAUCUGGCAUAAUAGGGAUGGAAGAGACUUGUUUUUCAUAGUCUAAGCAAAGACAUGAAUGUGCACUACAGAUUUGUGUUAUGCACCUUACACACUGUUCGUUAUACUCUUUACUUCCUGUCCCACAGAGCUUACAAUCUAAUUACUGGUGCCAGAAGCAGAAGUUUUAGAUUGAGGGACCACAGAACAGAGGUGACCUGGAACCAAUUGGAUGGUCAG